UACAUAUAACAUAACAAACAACCUAUCUAUUUCUUGUGUGAACGUUUGAAGCGACUUUGAUUGAAAUGCUGAACGUCAUGUUUUUGUCAGCAAUACUUGUUAUUAAUGGAAUCCUUGUGGUUUCAAGUGAUCCAAUAGUACCUGAACAAAUUGAAUGCGAUGAAGGAGAACCUUUAAUUGACAGUACAUCUCCUGAUAUCAACAUAACAGUUCUACCAGAAGUGUUCAUCAACAAAUCAAGCCCAGUUAUUGUAGUCUGUGACGCGGAUAUUCCGCGCUUCCUGCCUCCUCAAAACAACUAUUCGCUAUUGCAAACGGUAAAAAUUGAUAUUCAUCUGGGAACUUUUCUACUCAAAUCUUGUGAUAAAAGUCUUGUUUCCCAAUGUAUUCAUAAAAUCAAAAAUUUCUCUGCUGGCUUACCGACCACAUUCAGCUGUACAGCUACAAAUGCAAGGAAUGAAUGUCGUUUCAAGUUUAAAGACAUUUCAAUUUUAGCACCACUAACAACUAAGCGAACCAUUGAAUGUAUUGCCCCUACUAUCAUCAGUGAAAUAAAAUCGAGUAUCAAUCAAGGUGUCAAUGAAACUACUUUAAUCCCGCUCCUUAUAAACGAAACCAAGUUUUAUUCGACAUCACUGCCAGUGAAAUUAACUAGCAAAGGACAAACAGCUUUUCCACAAACAACGGUUGAAAUAACAGCUGCUCCAAUAACUACUAACACUUCAACAGAUAUUUUACGAGCAAUUGUCCCAUCGAAGAUUUUGUCAUCAUCGCUCAUUGAACUUUCCCCUAUUACAACAACUGUGUCAUCAACAACUGAUGAAACAACAACUAUCUCGUCAGUAAACGUUUCUUCAACUGCUGCCUCACUUACACCUUCAAAAACACUAUCUUCAAAUGGUGUGCCACAUACACCAAGUAUCAAUGAAACGACCAUCAGCCCACUCCUUACAAACGAAACUAAGUUUUCUUCUACAUCACUGCCAGUACUAACAUUCACUACCUUUCAAAAAUCUAUUUUACAAACGUCGAGGAUUUUGCCAACAUCGCUUUUCGACCUUUCCUCUAUCACAACAGCUGACUCAUCAACAAUUGUCGCAAUAAAUAUCUCGUCAGUUAAUGUUUCUUCAAAAGCAGUCUCAGUCACACCUUCAAAACAGUACAGUACAACAAGUACAACACCAGCUAUAUUAAAAACAAUAAUACCAAAGAUAAAAACAACAAGUAAACCUACACAAACAGGUAUCAAUGAAACUAUUUUAAUACCGCUCCUUAUAAACGAAACAAAGUUUUCUUCAACAUCACCGCCAGUGAAAUUAACUAGCAAAGGACAAACAGCUUUUCCGCAAACAACUGUUGAAAUAACAGCUGCUCCAAUAACUACUAACACUUCAACAGAUAUUUUACGAGCAAUUGUCCCAUCGAAGAUUUUGUCAUCAUCGCUCAUCAAACUUCCCCCUAUUACAACAAAUGUAUCAUCAACAACUGAUGAAACAACAGCUAUCUUGUCACUAAACGUUUCUUCAACUGCUGCCUCACUUAAACCAUCAAGUAUCAAUGAAACGACCGUCAGCCCACUCCUUAUAAACGAAACUAAGUUUUCUUCUACAUCAGUGCCAGUACUAAGAUUCACUACCUUUCCAAAAUCUAUUUUACAAACGUCGAGGAUAUCGCCAACAUUGCUUUCCGACCUUUCCACUAUUACAACAGCUGUCUCAUCAACAAUUUUCACAAAAAAUAUCUCGUCAGUUAAUGUUUCUUCAAAAGCUGUCUCAGUCACACCUUCAAAACAGUACAGUACAACAAGUACAACACCAGCUAUAUUAAAAACAAUAAUACCAAAGAUAAAAGCAACAAGUAAACCUACACAAACAGGUAUCAAUGAAACUAUUUUAAUCCCGCUCCUUAUAAACGAAACCAAGUUUUCUUCAACAUCACCGCCAGUGAAAUUAACUAGAAAAGGACAAACAGCUUUUCCACAAACAACUGUUGAAAUAACAGCUCCUCCAAUAACUACUAAGUCUUCAACAGAUAUUUUACGAGCAAUUGUCCCAUCGAAGAUUUUGUCAUCAUUGCUCAUUGAACUUCCCUCUAUUACAACAUCUGUGUCAUCAACAACUGAUGAAACAACAAUUAUCUCGUCAGUAAACGUUUCUUCAACUGUUGCCUCACUUACACCUUCAAGUAUCAAUGAAACGACCGUCAGCCCACUCCUUAUAAACGAAACUAAGUUUUCUUCUACAUCAGUGCCAGUACUAAGAUUCACCACCUUUCCAAAAUCAAUUUUACAAACGUCGAGGAUAUUGCCAACAUCGCUUUCCGACCUUUCCUCUAUUACAACAGCUGUCUCAUCAACAAUUUUCGCAAAAAAUAUCUCAUCAGUUAAUGUUUCUUCAAAAGCUGUCUCAGUCACACCUUCAAAACAGUACAGUACAACAAGUACAACACCAGCUAUAUUAAAAACAAUAAUACCAAAGAUAAAAACAACAAGUAAACCUACACAAACAGGUAUCAAUGAAACUAUUUUAAUACCGCUCCUUAUAAACGAAACCAAGUUUUCUUCAACAUCACCGCCAGUGAAAUUAACUAGCAAAGGACAAACAGCUUUUCCGCAAACAACUGUUGAAAUAACAGCUCCUCCAAUAACUACUAACACUUCAACAGAUAUUUUACGAGCAAUUGUCCCAUCGAAGAUUUUGUCAUCAUCGCUCAUCGAACUUCCCCCUAUUACAACAAAUGUAUCAUCAACAACUGAUGAAACAACAACUAUCUUGUCAGUAAACGUUUCUUCAACUGCUGCCUCACUUAAACCUUCAAGUAUCAAUGAAACGACCGUCAGCCCACUCCUUAUAAACGAAACUAAGUUUUCUUCUACAUCAGUGCCGGUACUAAGAUUCACUACAUUUCCAAAAUCUAUUUUACAAACGUCGAGGAUUUUGCCAACAUCGCUUUCCGACCUUUCCACUAUUACAACAGCUGUCUCAUCAACAAUUUUCGCAAAAAAUAUCUCGUCAGUUAAUGUUUCUUCAAAAGCUGUCUCAGUCACACCUUCAAAACAGUACAGUACAACAAGUACAACACCAGCCAUAUUAACAACAAUAAUACCAGUGAUAAAAACAACAAGUAAACCUAAACAAACAGGUAUCAAUGAAACUAUUUUAAUACCGCUCCUUAUAAACGAAACCAAGUUUUCUUCAACAUCACCGCCAGUGAAAUUAACUAGCAAAGGACAAACAGCUUUUCCGCAAACAACUGUUGAAAUAACAGCUCCUCCAAUAACUACUAACACUUCAACAGAUAUUUUACGAGCAAUUGUCCCAUCGAAGAUUUUGUCAUCAUCGCUCAUGGAACUUUCCCCUAUUACAACAACUGUAUCAUCAACAACUGAUGAAACAACAACUAUCUUGUCAGUAAACGUUUCUUCAACUGCUGCCUCACUUAAACCAUCAAGUAUCAAUGAAACGACCGUCAGCCCACUCCUUAUAAACGAAACUAAGUUUUCCUCUACAUCAGUGCCAGUACUAAGAUUCACUACCUUUCCAAAAUCAAUUUUACAAACGUCGAGGAUUUUGUCAACAUCGCUUUCCGACCUUUCCUCUAUUACAACAGCUGUCUCAUCAACAAUUCUCUCAAAAAAUAUCUCAUCAGUUAAUGUUUCUUCAAAAGCUGUCUCAGUAACACCUUCAAAACAGUACAGUACAACAAGUACAACACCAGGUAUCAAUGAAACUAUUUUAAUACCGCUCCUUAUAAACGAAACCAAGUUUUCUUCAACAUCACCGCCAGUGAAAUUAACUAGCAAAGGACAAACAGCUUUUCCACAAACAACUGUUGAAAUAACAGCUGUUCCAAUAACUACUAACACUUCAACAGAUAUUUUACGAGCAAUUGUCCCAUCGAAGAUUUUGUCAUCAUCGCUCAUCGAACUUCCCCCUAUUACAACAACUGUAUCAUCAACAACUGAUGAAACAACAACUAUCUUGUCAGUAAACGUUUCUUCAACUGUUGCCUCACUUACACCUUCAAAAACACUAUCAUCAAAUGGUGUCCCACAUACACCAAGUAUCAAUGAAACGACCGUCAGCCCACUCCUUAUAAACGAAACUAAGUUUUCUUCUACAUCAGUGCCGGUACUAAGAUUCACUACAUUUCCAAAAUCUAUUUUACAAACGUCGAGGAUUUUGCCAACAUCGCUUUCCGACCUUUCCACUAUUACAACAGCUGUCUCAUCAACAAUUUUCGCAAAAAAUAUCUCGUCAGUUAAUGUUUCUUCAAAAGCUGUCUCAGUCACACCUUCAAAACAGUACAGUACAACAAGUACAACACCAGCCAUAGCAACAACAAUAAUACCAGUGAUAAAAACAACAAGUAAACCUAAACAAACAGGUAUCAAUGAAACGACCGUCAGCCCACUCCUUAUAAACGAAACUAAGUUUUCUUCUACAUCAGUGCCGGUACUAAGAUUCACUACAUUUCCAAAAUCUAUUUUACAAACGUCGAGGAUUUUGCCAACAUCGCUUUCCGACCUUUCCACUAUUACAACAGCUGUCUCAUCAACAAUUUUCGCAAAAAAUAUCUCGUCAGUUAAUGUUUCUUCAAAAGCUGUCUCAGUCACACCUUCAAAACAGUACAGUACAACAAGUACAACACCAGCCAUAUUAACAACAAUAAUACCAGUGAUAAAAACAACAAGUAAACCUAAACAAACAGGUAUCAAUGAAACGACCGUCAGCCCACUCCUUAUAAACGAAACUAAGUUUUCUUCUACAUCAGUGCCGGUACUAAGAUUCACUACAUUUCCAAAAUCUAUUUUACAAACGUCGAGGAUUUUGCCAACAUCGCUUUCCGACCUUUCCACUAUUACAACAGCUGUCUCAUCAACAAUUUUCGCAAAAAAUAUCUCGUCAGUUAAUGUUUCUUCAAAAGCUGUCUCAGUCACACCUUCAAAACAGUACAGUACAAUAAGUACAACACCAGCCAUAUUAACAACAAUAAUACCAGUGAUAAAAACAACAAGUAAACCUAAACAAACAGGUAUCAAUGAAACGACCGUCAGCCCACUCCUUAUAAACGAAACUAAGUUUUCUUCUACAUCAGUGCCAGUACUAAGAUUCACUACCUUUCCAAAAUCUACUUUACAAACGUCGAGGAUUUUGCCAACAUCGCUUUCCGACCUUUCCACGAUCACAACAGCUGUCUCACCAACAAUUUUCGCAAAAAAUAUCUCGUCAGUUAAUGUUUCUUCAAAAGCUGUCUCAGUCACACCUUCAAAACAGUACAGUACAACAAGUACAACACCAGGUAUCAAUGAAACGACCGUCAGCCCACUCCUUAUAAACGAAACUAAGUUUUCCUCUACAUCAGUGCCAGUACUAAGAUUCACUACCUUUCCAAAAUCAAUUUUACAAACGUCGAGGAUUUUGUCAACAUCGCUUUCCGACCUUUCCUCUAUUACAACAGCUGUCUCAUCAACAAUUCUCUCAAAAAAUAUCUCAUCAGUUAAUGUUUCUUCAAAAGCUGUCUCAGUAACACCUUCAAAACAGUACAGUACAACAAGUACAACACCAGCCAUAGCAACAACAAUAAUACCAGUGAUAAAAACAACAAGUAAACCUAAACAAACAGGUAUCAAUGAAACUAUUUUAAUACCGCUCCUUAUAAACGAAACCAAGUCUUCUUUAACAUCACCGCAAGUGGAAAUAACUAGCAAAGGACAAACAGCUUUGGCACAAACAACUGAUGAAAUAACAGCUGUUCCAAUAACUACUAACACUUCAACAGAUAUUUUACGAGCAAUUGUCCCAUCGAAGAUUUUGUCAUCAUCGCUCAUCGAACUUCCCCCUAUUACAACAACUGUAUCAUCAACAACUGAUGAAACAACAAGUAUCUUGUCAGUAAACGCUUCUUCAACUGUUGCCUCACUUACACCUUCAAAAACACUAUCAUCAAAUGGUGUCCCACAUACACCAAGUAUCAAUGAAACGACCGUCAGCCCACUCCUUAUAAACGAAACUAAGUUUUCUUCUACAUCAGUGCCGGUACUAAGAUUCACUACAUUUCCAAAAUCUAUUUUACAAACGUCGAGGAUUUUGCCAACAUCGCUUUCCGACCUUUCCACUAUUACAACAGCUGUCUCAUCAACAAUUUUCGCAAAAAAUAUCUCGUCAGUUAAUGUUUCUUCAAAAGCUGUCUCAGUCACACCUUCAAAACAGUACAGUACAACAAGUGCAACACCAGGUAUCAAUGAAACUAUUUUAAUACCACUCCUUAUAAACGAAACCAAGUCUUCUUUAACAUCACCGCAAGUGGAAAUAACUAGCAAAGGACAAACAGCUUUGCCACAAACAACUGAUGAAAUAACAGCUGUUCCAAUAACUACUAACACUUCAACAGAUAUUUUACGAGCAAUUGUCCCAUCGAAGAUUUUGUCAUCAUCGCUCAUCGAACUUCCCCCUAUUACAACAACUUUGUCCUCAACAAUUGAUGAAACAACAAGUAUCUCCUCAGUAAACGCUUCUUCAACUGUUGCCUCACUUACACCUUCAAAAACACUAUCAUCAAAUGGUGUCCCACAUACACCAAGUAUCAAUGAAACGACCGUCAGCCCACUCCUUAUAAACGAAACUAAGUUUUCUUCUACAUCAGUGCCAGUACUAAGAUUCACUACCUUUCCAAAAUCUACUUUACAAACGUCGAGGAUUUUGCCAACAUCGCUUUCCGACCUUUCCACGAUCACAACAGCUGUCUCACCAACAAUUUUCGCAAAAAAUAUCUCGUCAGUUAAUGUUUCUUCAAAAGCUGUCUCAGUCACACCUUCAAAACAGUACAGUACAACAAGUACAACACCAGCCAUAUUAACAACAAUAAUACCAGUGAUAAAAACAACAAGUAAACCUAAACAAACAGGUAUCAAUGAAACUAUUUUAAUACCGCUCCUUAUAAACGAAACCAAGUUUUCUUCAACAUCACCGCCAGUGAAAUUAACUAGCAAAGGACAAACAGCUUUUCCACAAACAACUGUUGAAAUAACCGCUGCUCCAAUAACUACUAACUCUUCAACAGAUAUUUUACGAGCAAUUGUCCCAUCAAAGAUUUUGUCAUCAUCGCUCAUGGAACUUUCCCCUAUUACAACAACUGUAUCAUCAACAACUGAUGAAACAACAACUAUCUUGUCAGUAAACGUUUCUUCAACUGCUGCCUCACUUAAACCAUCAAGUAUCAAUGAAACGACCGUCAGCCCACUCCUUAUAAACGAAACUAAAUUUUCUUCUACAUCAGUGCCGGUACUAAGAUUCACUACCUUUCCAAAAUCAAUUUUACAAAUGUCGAGGAUUUUGCCAACAUCGCUUUCCGACCUUUCCACUAUUACAACAGCUGUCUCAUCAACAAUUUUCGCAAAAAAUAUCUCGUCAUUUAAUGUUUCUUCAAAAGCUGUCUCAGUCACACCUUCAAAACAGUACAGUACAACAAGUACAACACCAGCCAUACCAAGAACAAUAAUACCAGUGAUAAAAACAACAAGCAAACCUAAACAAACAGGUAUCAAUGAAACUAUUUUAAUACCGCUCCUUAUAAACGAAACCAAGUUUUCUUCAACAUCACCGCCAGUGAAAUUAACUAGCAAAGGACAAACAGCUUUUCCACAAACAACUGUUGAAAUAACCGCUGCUCCAAUAACUACUAACUCUUCAACAGAUAUUUUACGAGCAAUUGUCCCAUCAAAGAUUUUGUCAUCAUCGCUCAUGGAACUUUCCCCUAUUACAACAACUGUAUCAUCAACAACUGAUGAAACAACAACUAUCUUGUCAGUAAACGUUUCUUCAACUGCUGCCUCACUUAAACCAUCAAGUAUCAAUGAAACGACCGUCAGCCCACUCCUUAUAAACGAAACUAAAUUUUCUUCUACAUCAGUGCCGGUACUAAGAUUCACUACCUUUCCAAAAUCAAUUUUACAAAUGUCGAGGAUUUUGCCAACAUCGCUUUCCGACCUUUCCACUAUUACAACAGCUGUCUCAUCAACAAUUUUCGCAAAAAAUAUCUCGUCAUUUAAUGUUUCUUCAAAAGCUGUCUCAGUCACACCUUCAAAACAAUACAGUACAACAAGUACAACACCAGCCAUACCAAGAACAAUAAUACCAGUGAUAAAAACAACAAGCAAACCUAAACAAACAGGUAUCAAUGAAACUAUUUUAAUACCGCUCCUUAUAAACGAAACCAAGUCUUCUUUAACAUCACCGCAAGUGAAAAUAACUAGCAAAGGACAAACAGCUUUGCCACAAACAACUGUUAAAAUAACAGCUGUUCCAAUAACUACUAACACUUCAACAGAUAUUUUACGAGCAAUUGUCCCAUCGAAGAUUUUGUCAUCAUCGCUCAUCGAACUUCCCCCUAUUACAACAACUGUAUCAUCAACAACUGAUGAAACAACAACUAUAUCGUCAGUAAACGUUUCUUCAACUGCUGCCUCACUUAAACCAUCAAGUAUCAAUGAAACGACCGUCAGCCCACUCCUUAUAAACGAAACUAAAUUUUCUUCUAAAUCAGUGCCAGUACUAAGAUUCACUGCCUUUCCAAAAUCUAUUUUACAAACGUCGAGGAUUUUGCCAACAUCGCUUUCCGACCUUUCCACUAUUACAACAGCUGUCUCAUCAACAAUUUUCGCAAAAAAUAUCUCGUCAGUUAAUGUUUCUUUAAAUGCUGUCUCAGUCACACCUUCAAAACAGUACAGUAAAACAAGUACAACACCAGCUAUAUCAACAACAAUAAUACCAGUGAUAAAAACAACAAGUAAACCCGCACAAACAGAUAAAGAUGAUGACGAUGAUAGUGACAUCAGUGAUGACGAUAGUGGUGAUGAAGACAGUGAGCGAUAUUGAUGACGAUGGUGAUGAAGAUAGCAAAAGCAAUUCAAAUGAUGAUUAGAAUUAAAUUUAACAUGUUUCUCAUACCAGCAUAUUGUAUAGAAACUUUGGAUCAUUACCACAAACAUACCUUUGCUUGCUACAUAUAUACUGUGAGCUAACACAAACAUAUAUAAGUAUAUAAACGUAAAUUUUUAACUGCUUAUUUUAGUGCGAAUUCAUAGCCUUUUUACGAAAUAAACAUGUUGCAUAUACUUAUACAUUGAAACCUUUUCAUACACUUUAACAAAUUUCAUCGUAAAUUUACUCCAUGUUGUUCAAGUUGAUAAUGUGGUAUAAUAAGUAAAUACACUUUUAAUAUGAGACGUUUCAAAA